AUGGCCAAACGCAACGCAGAUGAUAGCAAUGACUCGGAGCCCGAUAUAGACUUGGAUCAGAUCGUAAUGGAGUGCUCUGAAAAGUUUGAUAUCCCAUUUCCACAAAUUCCUGCAGCUCUUCGGGCUGCCAACGCCCAUGCACUUAAGCCAUGUUUCUGGAGUUGCUGUUUCAUGAAAGUUGGAGUUAUUAAUAGUAAAGGCCAAUACGACGUUGAUUUUACACUUGACUUGGCCAAGAAGAUGCUGGGAAGACAAGACGAAAAGAAAGUUGAAGCAACGGUAAAAGAUUGUGAAUCAGAUGAUGACAGUAAGGAUACUCAGCCUGAAUUUAGCAUGCAUCGCAUCAUAAUGGGAUGCAUUGAUAAGUUUAAUGUAACAGAGGAACAAAUGAAAAAAGCUAUAACGACAAAAGACGCGCGUGCAGUUACCCCAUGCUUUUGGAGUUGCUGUUACAAGAAAACUGGAGUCUUGAAUAGUGAAGGUGAAUACGACCUGGAUUCUACAUUGAAUUUGGCUAAAAAGAUGUUUGUAUAUGAUAUUUACAUGAAAAUAGAAGAUAUUGCAAAAACAUGUGGAUCAGUAAAUGAUGACUCGGUGAUCGAUGGAGAUGCUGGAUGUGAAAGAGGCGUUUUACUAGCAAAUUGCAUGAUCGAAAACGGCAAUAAAGCAUUCCCGGAGUUGUUUUAUUACGAAUAA